AUGAGUUCUUACUUUGUGAAUAGCACUUUUGCUGGGAGCCUGCCCAAUGGCCAGGAUUCGUUUGUGGGUCAGAUCCCCCUCUACUCUUCUGGCUAUGAUGCUCUAAGGCAUUUUCCAGGUUCUUAUGGGACAAGUCCCCUUCAGGAGAAGUCUUAUUCUUCACCCUGUUUCUAUCAGCAAUCUAAUACAGUCAUUGCCUGCAACCGAAACUCCUAUGACUAUGGGACAUCAUGCUUCUAUCCGGACAAGGACAACACCAGCAGCCCCAACACCUAUACAGCCAACAAGAGGGUCCAUGCUGGGGAAUACCUGCACUAUACCGCUGAUCAGCAGUACAAAUCCGCCAAUAUACAGAGCAAACUAUUCAAUGAAGAUACAACUGACCGGAAGUAUAGUAACCCUGUCUACCCCUGGAUGCAGAGAGCAAACUCCUGUACCGGUACAGUGUACGGGAACCACGGUAGGAGGGGCAGGCAGACCUACACCAGGUACCAGACCCUAGAACUGGAGAAAGAAUUCCAUUUUAAUAGAUACCUAACAAGAAGGAGAAGGAUUGAAAUCGCCAAUGCACUGUGCCUAACAGAAAGACAAAUUAAAAUCUGGUUCCAGAACAGAAGGAUGAAAUGGAAGAAAGAAAGUAAGAUUAUAAAUUCUUCACAGCCCAGCAGUGACCCAACAGAGGACAAGCAAGUCACUGACAGCAGCACUUAGUCAGAAGGCCUCCCCUUAUUCAUCUGAUCCCCACACCUUCCAUACUAUUGUCAUGCCAAUGUGAUCUGCUCCGGGACCAUGUCAUUGUUUAGUGUAACAUACAACUCAUCCCCAUAUAAAUGUCUGUAAAUAAGCUAAACAUUCAUGUAUGUAUUUCAGCAAUGGAUGCAAUGUAACUAAUCCGGCAAACAAGGGGUCCCAGACUUUCUCUACAAAGCAAAAUUUUAAUCCGGUUCCUGGGAUCCUUCCAGUUUGUAACCAUAUCUGUAAACCAGUGUACUCUCACCAAAUAUACACAAAAAGGGAGAGAAAAAGGAUCCGGAAAUCUGAGGUCAUCCUGUUUUCUGCAGCCUCUGAACAGAAUGUUACUGUCAGCUGCAUUGUAGAUGUCACAAUAAUAUUUACAGCCUCUCAUUGUUGCUAACCGGGAUUACAAGGCAACGACCCGACUGCUUAUUCAUAACGCAGUGAGAGAA